CAGGACUGUGGUAUAAAGUACUCCAUAAGAACACAACUGAAAGCAAGCCGAACUGUCCUUAACACACCUCACUGCAGAUGUCCUUGUGUGCCCGCUGCGGCCAGUGGAGCGCUUCCGUGACCUACGUCCUGACGAGGUGGCCGAUUUGUUCCAAGUGACGCAGAGAGUUGGCACAGUGGUGGAGAAGCAUUUCCAGGGGACCUCCAUCACCUUCUCCAUGCAGGAUGGUCCCGAAGCUGGACAGACUGUGAAGCAUGUGCAUGUCCACGUUCUUCCCAGAAAGGCAGGGGACUUCCGCAGGAAUGACAGCAUCUAUGAUGAGCUCCAGAAACAUGACAAAGAGGAAGAAGACUCCCCAGCCUCUUGGAGAUCGGAGGAGGAAAUGGCUGCUGAGGCAGAAGCUCUGCGUGUCUACUUUCAGGUAAACACCAAGUACUUCGCCUUCACCCAGACCUCAUGAUGGGCCUCAGGAAAGGAAAGACAGUGGCUCUG